GCAAUAGAGAAAUUAUCUCAUUUUUAUAUGCAUGAAUCUUGCGGACAAUGCACGCCAUGUCGUGAAGGUGCUGGUUGGAUGUGGAGAAUUAUGAAAAGGAUGGUAACGGGAAAUAUUCAGUCUGGUGAAAUAGACAAAUUGCUUGAUCUUACAACUCAAGUAGAAGGACACACAAUCUGUGCAUUGGGAGAUGCUGCAGCUUGGGCAAUUCAAGGGCUAAUAAGACAUUUUCGCGAUGUCAUCGAAGAUAGAAUUUUACAAUGUUCUGAUAGGUGAUCAUGUAUACAAGAGCAAAUAAAUGAAAAU